AUGGCCCACGAGCUGCAUGAUCACUCGGAACGAAGCGGUCAAACAGCUCUUCUCAUCGCUCUUGGUGGUUCGGCAGUAGGCCUCGUUCUCCUGGGUUUGAUAGUUCUUAUGGUCUGGUACUUUAUCAAAAUCGAUUUGAUGAAUAAAUUCAAAGAGUUCAAAAUAUCGGCAGGAAUCGUGGAUGCAGGAAAACUGCCAGUAAGGGAUCAACGGUGGAUUCAAAUAUUACUUGAAAUCGCGAAGGAAUCGAAAACUUCUAAACAAAAGCAAGUGGAAGCCGCAGAAAAGAAGGUCUUCCCGGCCGACGAGACGGAACUGAGUGAGAACGGCGAUGAAGGUUCCGGCGAUGCGGAAACUAGAUAA